GCUAUCAUGGUUACCUGACGCACAGUAGUGGUGUACACAGUCAACCGACAGGAGGAACGGUUUGUGACUGGUAGUUGUGACUGUAUAAGAAGUACUGAACUAAGUGUAAAAACAGUAUUUUUAAGUGGUGCAGUGACCAGUCAGAUGAGUGUGUGAUAAUAAGGACUGUGACUGGAAAUGUACCGUGUGUGUUUCAACAGUGACCGAAGAAGACCCAGCCACUCAAGAGGUAACCAUGUUCUCCUCAUGUGCUUCACACUCCAGUGAACAAAGACCUUUACUGAGGCACCCAAAACGUUGUUGGUGGACUCCUCGUCACACUGUUGCUGUCAUGGGCUGUCUGGGCAUACUGUUAGAAUACUGUCAGCGGGUGAAUCUCUCUGUUGCUAUCGUGACCAUGGCUGGUGCAACAGAUGAUGAUAACACCACCACUCACGCCUGUCCUGGCACUAAUCACUACAACUCGACUGUCAUUACUCCUGAGAAAGGUGAAUUUCAGUGGGAUAAGCAGACUCAAGGGGUGCUCCUAGGGGCAUUCUUCUGGGGCUAUGCGACCACCAACAUCAUCGGAGGGCGGGCGAGCGAGUACCUGGGGGGGAAGAUGGUGUUUGGUAUGGGGAUCAUUACUUCAAGUUUUAUAUCACUGAUUUCUCCCGUCUGUGCCCGCGCUAACGUCCGGGUCUUUAUGGCGUGUAGGAUACUGCUGGGAAUUGUACAGGGGGUAACCUUCCCGGCCAUCAACACGAUGCUUGCUACCUGGGUCCUGCCUGCAGAGCGGAGCAAGUUCUCUACAAUAGCUUUCUCAGGGUUCCAGCUAGGCACGGUGGUGGGAAUGACCGUGAGUGGCUGGCUUGUAUCCUUUAAGUUCCUGGGAGGGUGGCCGUCUACCUUCUAUGUGUUCGGGGUGCUGGGCCUGGCCUGGGGCUUCGCUUGGUGUGUCUGGGUGUACGAGAGGCCCGAGCAACACCCCCAGGUCUCUCCCUCCGAUCUGAGAGACCUUCAGGAGCAUCAGAGCUCAGUCAAGGGUGCUCAGACCGUGGCUAUCCCCUGGAAGGCCGUGGUGACGUCACUGCCGUUCUGGGCGCUGGUGGCCACAAGUCUUGGGAACGACUACAGCUUCUACACCUUACUGACCGAGCUGCCCACCUACCUCCAUGACGUACUGCACUAUGACCUCAACAGUUACGGACUCUUAUCAGCUCUGCCUUACCUCCUGAUGUGGUUGUGGAGUCUUGGCUGGGCUGCUCUUAUGGAUACACUCACCAAGAACGGCGCCCUCUCUAUCCUCGCCGUCAGGAAGCUCUCGACGGCCGUGUCCUUGUAUGGACCAAUGUUGGGCCUGGGAGCUAUGUUAUUCGUGCAGUGUGACGCUGUGGUGGCGGUGGUGCUGCUGUGUGUGUGUGGGAUGCUGAACGGGGCCGUCAACAGUGGGUACAUGUGCUCUCAUCAGGAUCUGGCGCCUAAUUUUGCUGGGACUUUGCUGGGAGUUACCAAUACUGUCGGGGCCUUAGCUGGGAUUAUCAGUCCUACCGUCACAGGGUUCCUCAUUCAGGGUGAUGAGACCGUGUGGGCGUGGCGACAGGUGUUCCUCAUUAGUGUGGGUCUUUACCUGUGUUGCUGUACCUUCUAUCUUAUCUUCACUACAGCAGACGUUCAGCCCUGGAAUGAUCCCCAGUCUAUAGACGUGGCCAGUGGCGAGGACGACCCUGACAACCUGACGACUACCACACGUCAUCUGUCUGCUGACGGAGACGACAAGCUGCUCCACGACCACUGUUAAGACCUCAAUUACCGGAUGGCCACACACUAGAGGUGGCCAUACCGACAGAAGGUGGCCAAUGGACUAAAUAGAAUCCCUUCAUUGUUUUUGUUAGUUUUAUUAAGGGAUAUUUUAAAGCCCAGUACUGUUGUUGAUGCCAUAGUUUAAGCUGGCAGACUAUACCAUAGGUCAACCAGUCUCUGUGUUAAGAAAUAAUUCCUGCAUGAUAACUUGGCGAGCCUGUAGUUAUGACCUCUGGUGUUGAUGGCGCUUAUACAUGUGAUCUAACACAGGCCAAGGCUUAAUUUGUGCCGGAACGUAACCACAAGUCUUGGUACUUUUAUUUUGCACGAGUAAAUUGUAAAUAUAUCACAUGUCAAUAAAUACUACCAUUAAUAA